CCGCCAUACUCAACUGUUUUCCAGUGUUUUGUUUAUACAUAUUUCUAAGUUGUAUGCUGAAUAUUUAGAUAGACGUUAUAACGUUCAUAGUGCAAUAAUGUUUUGGCUCCCCCCUGGAAACUUCGCUGUAAAUAAACUUGUUGAUCAAUCCUGAUAUUUGUCAGAUUUGGGAAUGUUUAGAUGAAGAUCGCAAUGCCUAAACUCAAAAAGCCUUUGGAAUCGACAAGGACUUCUUCCAGAAGACAAGCAAGCAAAGAGGCUCUUAAACAGCUCCAAUUAUUAUUGGAUGAUGAAGAUGACGAUGCAUUUGUAAUACCAGAAGAAGAAGAUAAAAAGGAUAUACGUCUGGAACCUACUCCUAAAAAAAGAGUUGUAUCGCCAAUUAUAGAUUCGCCACCACCCAAGAAAAAAUACAAACUUAGUCAUAGAAAAUCAUCUGAUGGGAAUGAUCGAGAUGUUAUUGUGCUGAAGAGUAUAUCCAACUCUAAUUAUGUUCCCAAUGAGAAUACCUUGGAAUUAGAAUGUUUCGUUGAAGAACUGUCAGAUGUUCAGAAAGAGAUGCAAAAAAAAGCAGAAUUGGAGGAAAGAGAACUCCAAGCCAAAUUAGAUGAAUUAAUAAAAAGCAAAAAGGCAGAAGUUGUUUAUCAAGGUGAAAUGAGUUCAGCAAUAGAAGUUAAUGAGCUUAUCUCAGCAUGUGGUAAAAAAUCAGUUUUCAAGCCAAGCGAAAUUCCACAACUUAAUGAACUGGGCGAACAGUCCGCUCCAACUAUCCAAUUGGUUAUGGAUCCUAGGACAGGUAUUAUUGUCGGGAGUAUGCAUAGUACAAACCAAGUACAAAUUUCUACUCCUCCAAUCGCAAAAAAUAAACUUCAGAUUUCUUCAGCCGUCAAGGCUGUUGCAUCGUUACCACAAAAUACACCCACUCCAGCCCCAAGAAAUAUGAGGUCGAGAAGAGGGGGAAUAUCUACUCCUCCAGCUUUAGUACAAUCGAGAACAAAUACUUCUACACUUACUAGAUCGAACAGUCAUGGUGUAAUAACAAGAGGAAAUUCAAAUACCACUAGAUCAAAUAAUUCGGUUAGGGGACUUCCACAGAGUGGAGCGUCUUCUCCAACAAUACAAACGAGAGGAAUGAAAAGUAUACCCACAAUUCAGACUAGGAAUAAUAAAGCAACACCACCAACCACCAGUAAGAGGCCUAUCAUUAAUGUUCCUGUUGAAAAACAAAAACAAGUGGUAGAUUUGACGUCAGAGGAAAAUCGUAAUCAGGCAGAUAACAGGGAAAUUGCAUUUAGUAAGCUUCAGGGAAAAACUUAUCCAUCAUUAGUAGUAGUUGCAAGACCGCAUCUCAGAGUUACCGAUUUAUCUAUAGACAGACCAAAACUUGAUGCUAAGGUGAAAAGUGUUUUAAUGCAUCCUCCUACUAAAUUCACAGAGUGGUUGAUUCAACAAGGCCUAAUUCGUGCUGAACAAAAAUGUCCUGUGCACAGUAAUACCCAACUUAAAUUGGGAAUGUACAGUGAUGUUGCCAAAUUUCCAUUUUCGGGUGGUUAUGUUUGGAUAUCCGAGUGCUGUCCUCAAAGAUUUGUGUCGGUUUUUAAUGGUUCAAUCUUUGAAGGAUCACCCCAUCCACCUGUUGUCAUGUUAAAGCUCAUUUAUCAUUGGGCUUGCCAGACAAAUAUUCAGAAUGUCACUCAAUGGGUUAAAGUGGAUAAUCUAUAUGUGAAAGGUGUAUAUGUAUGGCUCAGAGGUAUAUGUACAGUUGCUGUACAAAGCCGGCUACGACAGUUGGGUGGCCCCGGAUGUCGCAUAGAAGUAGGCGUGAUUUCAUUGGGAACCACAUCCCAUGAUGGAAAUCAAAGGCAAGUCAAAGUGGAAGUACUAGGAGUAUUGGAGUCGAGCACUAAAUACCUUAGACUACGAGCGGUGGAACCCAUGCCUGAUGGAGACAGAAACUUUAGAAAGAAAUUCUUGAAGAUUUUAGAACCAAUUCUGAGUUGGGUGCACCCUGCCAGUACCAUCGUGACUGAUUUAACCGUAGAUAAAGCUACUUUACAUCAUAUGGGUUUUACGAAUGUGAUUCAAACUACUUCGAAUGAUUACAGUCAGAGCAAUAGAACUAUAAUGGAAUUUUUGAGAAGGAUUGUUCCUAGAAUGUUCCAAAAUACUUUGUCUCUUUUAUCAAGACAAAUUAUCCAACAAUUUCUGGACGAGCUAGUUUGGAGGGAGUGGUUUGGUAUAACUUCUCAAUUGGCAUUCGACAAUAUUCUUGCACAUCUAGCUGAGCAAACUAGAUCGAAUACACACACACCUCUUGUGCUCAGAUUGAAUAAAGUUGCGGCAAACCCGUUCAGAUGUUGGAGCAACAAUGCUGGAAGUCCGAUACCUGGCAACAGUGCAACACCAACUCCUGCACCUCGUGCAUCCAAAAUCUCUGAAGAGGCAUCGUCCACGUCCAAGAACCCCCCUCAAGCAUCAGCAGCAGCGGCUGCUACACCUGCCAAGACUCCUGUUCCGGAAGUGAAAAAAUACGGAAGAGGAAAAAAGAACAAUGCUCCCCAAGUCCAAGUUGUUCAAGAACGUCCGAACAAGCCCGUAUCACCAGACGUUCCCGAGCAAAUGGUGCCCCUCGAGAAUUACUAUUACGGUACAAUAGACCCCCUGAUCACCUCUUCGUCGAAGGUCACCCUAAACAUGAAAUGUCCCUUCUGCAAGAGCAGCUUCGACAACAACAUCCUCCUUCAGAACCAUCUCUUCAAGCAUGCACACAACGUUUCCAACGAUGCCUACCUGUGCCGUUAUUGUUUGACGAGCGUGUCUACGGCCAACGAACUGAUCCACCACGUCAACAAGUGCCAUCCCGGAGAGACCAAAUUCGACUACGGCUUCGUGUGUCUGAUUUGCGAGAUACAUUACAUGAAUCCGUUUGUGUUGGGCAAGCACAUGUCGAAAGAACACAUCCCCCACGAAUUACCCUACCAGUGUGGAAGCUGCUCGUUCAGGUGCUCGAAUCACAAGCAGGUCAUCGAUCAUUUUUAUUUGAAACAUGACGGUGGAGCCACGAUACAAUGUCCGUUCUGUCUGAAAUCUACAACCGUUUGGUCAAGUGGAAGGAAUGUUGCCCAAAAUAUUCACUACUUCAUCCAACAUCUUCAAAAACACCAGAAGAAGCAAUUCGCUAAAAGAUGUGGCAAAUGCAAUCUCUGGUUCGUUCAAAAGGAAGUCUUGAAAGAGCACCAGCAAAAAAUGCAUAUAUCCCUACGUGGCAAAGCGGGACUAGUACCUUACGCUUCGCCUAGGAAUGGAGUGAUGGUGCCAAAAUCGAAAAUUGACAAGGAUCCAUGCGAUGCGGAAGUUAUCAAUUUUUCUUCUCUUUAUUAUAAUGUUUCCAGCGAUUCUGUAUGCAAGGAAUGCAAUCAGACUAUCUCAUCUUCCAAACAUUUCCCAUCGUUCGAUAACUGUCAGAAUCCUAACUGUCAAUAUUCCACGUGUUGUGCCAUUGCCAUGAUGACUCACAAUGCAAAAUGUAAAGGACUGAACUCUGUGAUACCACCAGAAACACUUCCUUAUGAAAUGUUUUGUGUCUGUGGCUUCAGAGACGUUGAUGGAAAUUCGAUGGCGAAGCAUUUAGCAAUCUGCGAAAAGAAAUCAGCCUAUCCCUCGGAAGCAGAAGCAAAAUCUGCGACAGUAAUGCAUAGUAUGUUAGAUAUUUUGGGUUUAGUUAGAAAACCUGAAGAAAAGCCAUCUGAAACUAUUCCCAUCGAAGAGAAGACUGAGGACUCGUUGAAAACUACUAAAAAAGCAAUAGAUUCGACUGAGAUAAAUAUACUUUCUGAUGAAGAGGAUGAAAGUCCUGUAAGUGUUGAAAUUCUGGAAAAAAACAAACCAAAUGAAAAUGAUUCCACAUUAGAGAGUACAAUUAAAGAAGAAAAUACAGCUAUUAUUGAUAAACAAAAUUCCAAUAUCGAUGACAAGGUUAUUGAAAAUAAGAAGGAAAGUGAGGAAGACACGAUUAUAGAUAUUGAAUCCGAUGAAGAUAUAGUAAUCAAUGAUGAAGUCAUAACUAAAUCUCCACAAGAUAUACCAAAAAAAGAGGAAAAACAAAAUUUAGAAGUACUUGAUGAUGACAAUGAAAACGAAACUGAAGAAAUAAAAAUUGACUUGAAUAAAGAACAGAAAGAAAAUGAAUUUGAAAUUAAUGAAAUUCCAGAAGUGAGUAAUUCCCCCAGUGAAAAAGGUACCACUGAUCAUGAUAUAGAAAAGGAUCUCAUGACAGAAAAAGAAGAGAAUGAAGUAAAAUCUACCGAAGUGGAAACUGAGAAGAAGAUAGAAGCAGAUAUCACUGAACAGAAGAUGGAAACAGAUCAGACUGAAAAAAGUAUAGAUAGUGAUGAGAUAGAAACAGAUCAGACUGAAAAAAAUUUAGAUAGUGAUGAGAUAGAGAAUGAACAGAUUGAGAAAGAGAAUGAAGGAAAUCUUAAUGAAAAAGAGAUUGAAACAGAGAAUUCUUCUCAAAUAGAACAAAUUGAAGGAGAGGUGGAAUCUGAUAAAAUUGAAAAAGAAAUAGAUGAUACAAAUAUGAACAUCGAGAUCCAUCACACUGAAAAAGAGAUGCCAACAGAAAAUACGGCAAUGGAAGUAGAUCAUGAUGAAAAAGAAAUGGAAGUAGAUCAUGAUGAUAAAGAAAUGGAACUAGAUCAUGAUGAUAAAGAAAUGGAAGUAGAUCAUGAUGAAAAAGAAAUGGAAAUAGACCAAGAUAAAAAAGAAAUGGAAAUAGAUCAUAAUGAAAAAGAAAUAAAAAUAGAUCAAAAAGAAAUAAGAACAGAGGAGACUCAAAAAGAUAAUGAAAUAGAGAAUACUGUGAAGGGAAUUGAAGAAAAUGAUAUGGAAGGAAAUAUUGAUACAGUUGAAACAGAAAAAAGUGAAUGCCAAUCGCCAAAAAAUCUUGAGGGAGAGGUUGAAGAAAAUCUUACUAAAGAAAAAAUCGGAACAAACCAUCCUGAAGAACAAAUAAAUAAUGUUGAAUUUGAAAGUGAUUCAGCAAAACUGGCUGCAAAUGAAGAAGAAAAUUUGGAAUCAUUGGUCACGCUUGAUGAAGUUCCAAUGGAAAAAAAUAAGAACGAUGAAAAAGUUGAUUUGGAAGAAACAAAUAAUGAAAAUGAUAAUAAAAAAGAUAAUGAAAUUACAGAAAUUUCUGGAGAUAGCAGUGAAAAUGCAACGGAGAAUGACCAGCAAUUAAAUGAUGAAAAAGAUGGAGAUAUUCAAGAACAGGAAGUUGUAACACAACAAAAUGAAUCAAAUACAGUUUCUGAUCCAAAUUCUUGUCAAGAAAAAUCUCCAGUAUUUGACGAAGUUAUUGACGACAAAACGUUAGUUGGUACACCAUGCAAAGAUAGUGAAAACGAAAAUGUGCAAGAAGAUAAUUUAAUUAAUGACGUUUUAGCAACUGAUAAUGUUCCGACUACUAAUUUAAAUUUGACAGAAGGUUCGGCGAGUAUGGAUGUGGACUAGAUUAUUUAAGAGAAUAAGGUUAAUCAUAUUUGAUUAUUAUUUUUGUAAAUAUUUUAUUAAUGGUAUUUUCAACUUGUAUAAAGAGAGUGUUUUGUUUAUAUUUCUGAAAAAAUAGUACCACUAUUUAAUCAGGUAUCCUAGAAUUGAUUUGCUACAUGUUAUAUCGUGGUGUUCGAAUUAUAUACUGUAUUUGUUAAAUUUUCUUUUCGAUAUUUUCACUCAGAAGUACUCUAUAUGUUCAGUUUUGAUUUCAGGAUACCUGAAUAUUUUUGUUAAGAGUUUUUAUUAUGUAUAAACACGAAUACAAUAUUUCAAUUAAAUUUUCUUUCAUACUUCUGACAUGAAUAAUGUCUAUAA